AUUCAGAACGGCGCUCUAAAUAGUUGUGUGGUGUUUAUUUUCUGUAAAAAAACUUGUACGAGUCAUAGCCGUGGUGCACAAUUGUUUGCUAGCUGGGACGAGCAGACGCUCGAUCUUUCACGAAGAAAUAAAUUUACGAAGCAUAAGAUAGAAGUCUAGCUUUCCCGUCCACAACCCGGAAUAAGACAUGUGCCUGAUUAAUAGAGUUGUUGCAGACAAUAAAUUUUUUGAAACCAUGGAGUCCCGGCUGAAUGGCGCGAACUACUGCACCGUGGUGAAAGCCAACCGAAAUGGCAACUCGCUAUCCCUCGAUGUGGACGUCGUUGGGGACCCGCUGCGCCCCCGCGAGGCGGUGAUCACGGUCAUGGGCCCGAAUUCACGAGCGCGCGCUAUCGCUUGUAAGGGCUGCAAAGUGACUGCAGGGUUCGGGGUACUUAUUUGUUUGCUUCGGUUCUUUCUACUGAGAUUUUAUUGCGUGAGCAGUUCUUGAAUCGCUUUUGCAAAAAUCUUCGUUACAUGCUGAGGACGGGGCUCUUGCAGCACGAGCGGUGAGAGCGCCGGGAAAUUUAUGAAGCAGUUGCCCACACGACGGUAACAUCAGCUUUAACUUUUCCCCAGGUACACACUUGGGUUGCGUUGGAGUUUCAGCUCCCGCGGGGCAGCGUCGGAGAUGUGUUUUCCUUCUCAUACAACCCAGGAUGGUCUAGCACCCGUUUGACGAAUGUGAUAGCGUACGACACGCCGGCACAGCAACCCUUCAACACACAGCCCACUCGGCAGCCCUUCGUCAACGACACGGCACAGCCCAAGUCGACCCCAGCUACUGCCUUCGCAACAGGAAACGCGCGCCGCUUGGACAACUGCGCCGCUUCUGGUGGCUCAAGUUCCUCUUCGAGCCAGUUUGCGGACUGCGAGAACACGGCGACUGCAAAAGCCGGGGGAGAAGAAGCGCGAAGCAGGUUGGUGUUGGGAGGAGAAAUUUCAUUCCCGGAAACUACACACCGCAACCUGCGGCCCCCGUCGUUCGAUCAUGAUUCGAGGAGAUUGCCAGAAGGCGGAACAGCAGCGCUAGGACUGCGAAGACGAGCGUCGGACCCAGCGGCAGCUAUCUUUCAAGCGGGCACGCUCGCGGAAAAUGAAAAUAUGAGAAUACCAGACACAACAGCACAGAAUACAGCAACAACGAGCGAGGAAGAAACCCCACCAACCUACAUGCAGAUGCUCGAAGAUAUGAGUACUAGCAACGUGCGGAAGAUGGAUCCGACCGACAUCACCAAUCCACCGCACUUGCAUCACACCCAAAACCCUUACGCCUUCGGCGAACCACAGCCGCCGGACCCGAGCGCAUGGAAAGCAGCGCUGCUUACCGGAACGCAGGCCAGCCAAUACGUGGGGUUGCUCCAAAAAAGACUGAUGAAACUCCAGAACUACAAGUUGCUGGACCCGAAUACGUUUGUGGAGCACUGCCUCUACGCGGAUACCGGAACGCUUCUUUCGCUGUUGCCGGUGUUGUCCCUCCAAAAGCGGAUUCCCGACCCGAGGGUGCUUCGCCGCGUUUUGCCCAGAUUGUGCGACGAGUUGGAAAACGCGGCGCACGAAGCGGUCGCGGAGAAGUUUGCGGCAGCCUUGCUGCGGAUCGUCAAGGAGUACAAAAGGCUUGGAAUCAUUGUGGAGUGUGGUCGCGACGAGUUUUCCGGGCUUUAUGCCCUGGUGAAAAGGCUCGCACGCAGCGUAAAGCUGAGCAGAAUGCAAGGCCCGACCGCGAUGAGAUGCAACGAUAUCAGGGACAUUUUGGCCCGAGAUUUUGGCACAUGAAGGAAGGGUUCAGGCUUUUCAUUCCGAUUGAGAACACAGGACGAGUUCAGUCAACUACACAUAGCGAUUUGCAGAUACAAUUUUGAAGCACAGCAUGCACCACUUUCUCAUACCCCGUAAUGUCCCUUGCUUACGACCAGGAGUGUUGUUCAUUGGGGGAAAUAUUUCAUACGUUCAGAACUGGC